UAUAAAUCUUUUAAUUCGAAUUGUGAAAGUGAAAGCUUUUUAAAUUGUCAUAACUUUGGAAUAUUCUAGCUAAUACAUAUUGAUGUAACACAGAUCCAACAGACAUUUGAGAGUUUGAAUAAUAAUUAAUUUUGGUAUAAGAAGACAAAAACAUGGCAUCCGGCGGUUCAUCUAUUUACAAGGGAUCUGACCAGUUUCACAACUACAGUUGCUCUACGUGUGAGCAAAAUAACCUGAACACCGAUGCCCAGCACUUCUGUCCACAAUGUGAACACUAUCUGUGUGACAAAUGUGUGAAGAUGCACGGAGAGUAUUUCAAGAAGCAUGUUGUGUAUGGGCGUGGAGACAUUCAGAAGUGGGCGGGGUUCUUCAUGGAGAGAUGCGACCAACAUGGCAAAGUUCUGGAGUUCCACUGUGAUGGCCACCAGGAAUUUUGCUGCAGUGUAUGUUUGACCCUUAACCACAGACAUUGUAGCAGAAUCAGUCCCUUGCCUGACCUAGCAAGAGGCUUCAUGAAGACAGCAGAGUUCAAGCAUUUGCCAUCAGCAGUGUACAAGAUGAGACAAAGGAUGGAUGAGCUCAAGAAUGACAGGAUAAAAGAUCAAGUCUCACUGAAGGACUCGUACAAGAACAUUAUUGCUGAAAUCAAGGCUUUCCGCAAAGAAAUCAACUAUAUCUUGGACGAGAUUGAGAAGAAGACAUUUGAACAAUUGGAUAGUAUGAUGGAAGAUUUAGAGAAGAGUGUGAAACAUGAUAUAGAGACCUGUGCCCACAUGCAUGACCAACUUAAAACCAUGUUUGAGAAGCUCAGAAAGAUUACUGGCAAAAACAAGGAGACCAGUUCUUAUAUUGGAUUCAGAAUAUGCCAGUCUAAGCUGAGUGAAGCCAAGUUUCUUGAGCAAGAAUUAUUGGCAAAGGGAGGAAUGAAGUUUAAAUCUGACGAAAGUUUAUUACCAUUUCUGAGAAACCUGAACAAACUUGGCAAUUUUGAAACUGAUAAUAUCCAUGUGUAUAAGGCUCAGAGUUCAAGUCGUUAUAAAGUUAGAAUAAAGAAGGACAAGACAAUCUGCCUUAUUGCAGGUAUUUGUGAGUUGCCCAGUGGAGAGGUAGUUAUUGCUGAUCGUCACAACAAGAGAGUGAAGCUUUUGAACAGACAGUUUGAGGUAAUUGAUCACUGUGAUCUGCCUUCUCAUCCUUACCACUUGUGUCACACUACAGGCAGUGAAGUAGCAGUAGCUGUAACAUACUACACCAAUAUACCAUGUGAGGUCCACUUCCUCACAGUGACCAGAGGAAAGCUACAGGCAGUGAGAAAGUUCACCACAAACCAUUACUGCUACUCGAUUGCCCACCACCAGGGCAAGCUGUAUGUGGGCUCUGCAGAGGUCCUGUACCUGUACGCAAUGGAUGGAAGACUAAUAAAGAAGCUCUAUGCAAACAAUCCGCCGUAUAGCACAGUGUGCAGGUAUGCUGUCUCUCCAGAUGGGAGGAGAAUUUAUGUGACAAAUCCAAAUGAUUCAGAAUUAAUAACUCUUGAUGAAUAUGGUCAAGUGUUAUCUACAGUAGAAGAUCCUGACCUACACAGUACAGGUGGACUAUGUGUCAGCCCCAGUGGUCAUGUCUUUGUGUGUGGGUAUGGGUCUAACACUGUGUUACAGGUGGACCAGGAGGGGAGAAAGAAGCUGGCUACAGUGGCCAGGGAGGCUGAUGGCUUGUGUAAGCCACGGUCAGUUUGGUUCAGUGAACAAACCUCAACCCUCAUUGUUGGGAAUUAUGAGAAAGACAAAAUCAUUGUUGUCAAGCUGUGUUGAACUAUCAAUCAUAUUCUGGUAUACAAAGACAGAAAACACUUGAAAGAAUAUGUUCAUGUUAUGUUCUUACAUUGUUUAAAGUAUCAUGGACAGCACUUAUUCUGUUAUUUGUACUGAAUACAUGUAAAUGUAAAUUAACAGUGUACAUUAUUUGUUUACAAGUUUUAUAUAACAAUUGAUUUAUUACUAUUUUUGGAACUUCAAUUAUAACAUUUAAUUCCAGUUGUAACUUUAAACCCAAGUUAAGUUGUGUUGAAACUUUUAACUUUGAUAAUGAAUUAAAAAAAUAGAAACAUAUUAGAUAGAAAAGAUUAAUUAUAAAAAAAUGCAAUGAUGAAUCAGCUUGAGACAGAAAAUAAUUAUGGAGAAUGUUGAAAGGUAUUAGUAACCUUUGUUAUCCGGAUAAAUCCACACACAAGCAUUUUAAUGUACAAUUAAAUGUGUUAUC